CGAGCCGCUGCCCCCUCCGCUGACAGCUCCGCCGACCCGGCACACAGAGAGGGAUCGCCGGCCGCUCAUCGGGAACGCAAACCGUGCGACCUCCUGUACCUCUUCCACCCGGGGACACUUUAAACAGAAGCACAAUACGAGGAUGGUGGCCGUAUGAAGGGAACGAUGGCACAGAAAGACACGCUGCUUCAUCUUUUCGCCGGGGGGUGUAGUGGUACGGUGGGGGCCAUCGUGACCUGUCCCCUGGAGGUGCUGAAGACACGGUUGCAGUCCUCUGGCCUCACCCUCCGGCCCGUCUUCCAGGUCCAUCUAGGUACCUUAAGUGGUACAGGGGUUAUUCGGCCGGGGCCUGGCCUGCUGCAGGUCCUACGAUCAAUUCUUGAAAAAGAGGGACCAAGGUCGCUUUUCCGUGGUCUGGGACCGAACCUUGUUGGUGUGGCCCCCUCAAGAGCCAUUUACUUUGCUGCGUACUCAAAAGCAAAAGAAAAGUUCAAUGGGCUGUUCGUCCCUAAUAGCGGAUUGGUGCACAUGUCCUCUGCUGGUGUUGCAGCUUUCGUUACCAACUCUCUGAUGAACCCCAUCUGGAUGGUGAAGACCAGGAUGCAGCUGGAGAAAAAAGCCAGAGGAGAGAAGAAGAUGAAUGCACUGCAGUGUGCCCGCUAUGUUCACAGCACAGAAGGGAUCCGCGGUUUCUACCGAGGCCUGACUGCAUCUUACGCUGGCAUCUCGGAGACCAUGAUCUGCUUCCUCAUCUACGAGACACUGAAGAAACGUCUCGCCGAGGGCCAGUUCGCCUCCGCGAAUGGCGAAAAGGAGAAAGGAGCAUCAGACUUUCUGGGUUUGAUGAUGGCAGCUGCUUUUUCAAAGGGUUGUGCGUCCUGCAUCGCCUACCCACAUGAGGUCAUACGGACAAGGCUGCGCGAGGAAGGCAGCAAGUACAAAUAUUUCUUCCAGACGGGAAGGUUAAUAGCAGUGGAGGAGGGCUAUGCAGCUUUUUACAGAGGACUCAUUCCACAGCUAAUUAGACAAAUCCCUAACACAGCCAUCGUCCUCUCCUCUUACGAACUCAUUGUCCAUCUGCUGGGAGACUCCAAGUGAAGACAAGUUGUGAAGACAAUGAUGGAUUCAUCGCACGCAAAACUCAAGUCACACUGAGCAAGAGACUUUUGAAGAUGUAGCACAUACUGUUCGAAUUCUGAUGUGGUGCUACAGAGACUUUUAUGGUGGAACUGAAGCAGAUUGUACUGUUAUCCAAAGAGCUAAACAGAUUAUUUUAUUGAAAGCUUGUUUGGAGUUUAUCAAAAAUAAUUCUUGGAAGUCGAGGUACUUACUGAAACUCCAAACCUGUGAAAAAAGGUCAUCUACUUGGACGACUAAUGUUAAGUUAACUAAGUUAUUUUAUGUUUUGUUAUUUUAUGACAGUGUUUGUUUCCUUUUAUCAGUGGUGAAUGUCCCAUCAAACACAAACACACACACACACAUGGGUUGACUCGUUAAGUUAUCAAAGGGAAGUUAUUCAGAUUCAGUGCAGGUAAUAUUGCUGUUCCUUGCAGUGUAAUGACCACACACCAUUUUGAGAUUUCUGUUUCACAAAUACUGUUCUUGUUUUGAAUUACAGAGAAUGCUAUCAUAUUUUUCAUUAAUAUAUAUAUACAUAUAUAUACACAGAUUUAUCUCUAUUUUUUUCUUAGAAAAAAAUGGUCACUGUUUCCAAUAUAAUAAGAACUUGGAUGCUUAUUUGACCAGUAGUUAAAUAAACUGCGUCAAGGAAAUGAAAAGA